AUGAUCCCAAAAUGGCCAACUACAAAAUCAAUCAAGUUAUUUUUCUGUCGAAAGCAAGGUGUCCUUGUUGACCGAUUACCUCGCUGGCCUCGCUAUAUUUCGCUUUUUCGCAAGCGGCCUCCUAAAUUGCGUCUGCGGCGAAACGAACACAACAUUUCACGGUGCUUACCUUACCUACCCGUUUCUAUAUUCUCCGGAAGCAAAUUGUUAAGAUUUUCAGCAUCUCACCGCUUUUCGUCCACAGUUUUAUUUUUAUUUUCCUUUACAUUUUUUUUUAUUCUUCAUUUUCUUUUUUUCUUUCUUUCUUUUGUCUUUUCUUUUACCUUGGAUUUGGCGUUCCCUGUAUUCUGCAUGCGGAAAUUCAAUGCAUUUUUGUGUAUCGCCAAUGUCUUUCACGUUUUCUCUCAAAUUAUGCAUUAUUCUCCAUUUUUCUUUCUUACUCUUAUUGAAUAUAACAUUAAAACUUCUUCUCUUUCAUUAGGUUACUUCUUUUUCUCUUUACUUUUCUUUCUUUCCUUUUUGUCAUCUAGUUUUCUCGUUCAUUGA